AUGGACGAGCUGUUGGCCAAGCACCGCAAAGAACAAAAAGAUCUUCAGGCACGAAUCACGCAGAAGAAAAAGUCAGCCACAAAGAAGACCCGCCGAGGAAUCAACGAUGAAUGCGACCGACUACAAAGAGAGCUUUUCGAGCGCCACCAGUCCGAAGUUGCACAGCUAAAUGGCGAACCGACCGAACCCGUUGACGCUCUCGAAAAUCUGGACCUUAAUGACACAGAUGGAGAAAACGGAAAUGCGGAGGAUGCCGACAAGUCUCAUCCCCCUCAGACGUCGGAAAAACCUGCAGAUACCACGUCGCCUCCCUCGGAGCCAACGUCCGGCUCCCGCCAAAAGAAGCCGAACCGCCAGAAGGCGCGACUCGCUCGCCGCGCCGCGGAACAAGUCGCUCAAGCUGAAAUAGCCGCGGAGGAGGCUGCGAAACAAACAGACCACCGCGGAAAUGAGAAGGAGGUCAUGGAUGGAGUUUUCAAGCAGUUAGGAUUGAAGGAGAUUGAAAUCAACCCGGAUGGACAUUGUCUAUACUCGGCAAUCGCCAGCCAGUUGGAAGAGUCCGGACUCGGCCUGAAGCCUGACCCGAAGAGAAUCGUUCUCCAGCCUACCACGCAGUCCCGAGUCGAAACAGUGACCUCUCCUAAGCAUGAUGGGUACAGAGCCGUGCGAGCGGUGACGGCUGAUUACAUUGUUGAACAUAAGGAUGAUUUUGAGGCAUUCAUGGAGGAACCGUUGGAUCAGUACACCCGAAAAAUCAAGCUGACAGCAGAAUGGGGAGGACAGCUGGAACUACAAGCUAUUUCGAGGGCCUACGGCGUGGAAAUCAAUGUUAUCCAAGGCGAUGGACGGAUUGAAAAAAUCGAAGCAGGUGACAGCUUGGACGCGGAGAACAAGCGUGUUAUAUGGUUGGCUUAUUAUCGGCAUACAUAUGGGCUUGGUGAACAUUAUAACGCCCUUGCAAAGAAGACCUAG